AUGCAAAAGCUGGCACAAACGUUGAUGUGGCUAAUGCUUGGUUCUCUUGGGAUCACAAAGGAAGAUUUGAAUUGGCGUGGACCAAAGAAAGAGGUGGCUGCUGGCUCCUCCUCGGCUGCAAUCCAAUUGAACCACUACCCGGCUUGCCCCGACCCGGAUCGAGCCAUGGGUCUCGCCCCACACACCGACUCCACCCUUCUCACCAUCCUCCACCAGAGCAACACCAGUGGGUUGCAGGUGCUGAGGGAUGAUGGGACCCGGUGGGUCACGGUCCCUCCGAUUCGAGGCGGGCUGGUGGUCCACAUCGGCGACCUGCUCCACAUAUUGUCGAACGGGUUGUGCCCGAGUGUGGUCCAUCGGGCCGUGGUUAACCGGGAUAGGAACCGGAUAUCGAUUGCCUACCUGCAUGGCCCACCUUCGAACGUGAGAAUAUCGCCCGUGCAAAAACUUGUGGGGCCAAGUCAACCUCCACUCUAUAGGGCAGUGACUUGGAAUGAGUACUUGGGCACAAAGGCCAAGCACUUCAACAAAGCACUAUCUUCAGUAAGGUUGUGUGCUGCUGCUCCCAUAAAUGGAUUAGUUGAUGCAAAAGAUCAGAAUAACAAUAAUAAUAAUGCAGUGAAAGUUGGGUAG